AUGCAUCGUCUUUUUGCUGAGCUGGAGCCAUCUUUAACCGUCACAGAGCAAAACCUGGCAGACCGAGUUCGGUAUAUCUUGCGCUCAAAUAUAUUUGAUGUCGCCGAACUCAAACGGCUACGACGUGAGGCUGUUCCGUCGUCGGAUGAGAAUGCUACGGCUGAGGAUGCGGCGCCACAAAUGGUAGAGCAACCCGCAAACGUGGAUGCCGCCGUGAAUACCCCAGUUGUGGUUGAUUCGAACGAUGAUGGAACAGUCGCCCAGGAACUGGAAUUAGAGCAUAUGAGGAGCAUAUUGGAAGAGGCGAUUGUGGAAACGCGCAGUACGCCUCUCGAAAAUCGACCGCGACUUCCCCCGCAUAGCCCUAACCAAGCGGAAUCGGGCUCUCGUGAGGGCUCUGAACCCAAUGCUGGUUACCUAUUUGGAAGCCAGCCGGGACCUUUGCGAGACGAACUCAAUUCUUUUUGGCGCCGCGCUGGCAGUCUGCCGUAUCAUAGGCGCCAAGGUUUCCACGGCUGGACGCGCUACUGGCCAUAG